CGUUCCUGCACUCCUCAAUCUUUGCCGCGUUUGCAAUCCUGCACUCCUCAUUCUUUGGCAAGGAGCGGCAGCAAGAUUCUCACCAACAUGUCAGAUAACGAAUACGACGACGAUGUUUUUGACCAUCUUGAACUUGACGAUGAUGAUGUGUUUGACGACAUCGACGAAGACGAGCUUGUGGCCCUCGAGCGACCUGCAAAACGGCUCAAGACCGAAGCAUCAGAGGUCGAAAGGAAUCUAGCGCUUGGCGAUAGUCACAUUGCACUGGCCGAACAGAUUCUUUCCAACCAGUUUGGCUUCAGGGCGUUCCGACACGAGCAGGCAGCCGCCAUUCAGCAUAUUCUGAAAGGCGAUAAUGUCCUCGUCAUUUUCCCCACGGGCGCAGGCAAGUCGUUGUGCUAUCAAAUCCCCGCCAUUGCCUUCCCCGAGCUGGACGGCCCAGAGGGCGCACGAGAGUCAGCCGAGGGAGGCGUGACCAUUGUGGUCUCACCUCUGAUGGCCUUGAUGAAAGAUCAAGUCGAUGUUCUCAAGAAACGCGGCAUCCCGGCCGAAAGCAUUGACUCAAACAAGACUUGGGAAGAACUUGAGAUGAUAUACCGUGCUCUGGCACGAUCACAGUUACGGAUCUUGUACUGCGCACCAGAGCGACUGAACAACGAGGGCUUCGUCGAAACCGUCAAACGGAUUCCUGGCGGCAUCCGUUUGCUGGCUGUGGAUGAAGCACACUGUGUCUCCGAGUGGGGACAUUCAUUUCGUCCUGACUAUCUCAAAGUUGCUCGAUUUGUGAAUGAAAUCAAGGCAGGGCGUGUCGUUUGUCUCACGGCUACGGCUACUCCCAAAGUUGCCGAGGACAUUUGCAAGGCAUUCUCAAUACAGCCAGCAUAUGUCUUCCGAACAACACCAUACAGACCAAAUCUUGAACUCCUAGCCAAAACUGUUUGCAAAGAGUACAACCGGGAUAUCAGUGUCUCCCUAGAUAUCAUGCUAGGCUUUCAUGUCAAGUCGGAGAGCGACAAGCGCUUUGAAGAAUUGUUCAGGUUUCUGCGUGCCAACCCAGGGCCGACUCUCAUUUAUGUCGCCAUGCAGCAGCAAUCCGAGAUCCACGCCAAAGUGUUGGCUGCGCAGGGCUUCAAGGCCGCGCCUUUCCACGCCGGGCUCAAGAUCGAAGUCAAACAACGGACCCAAGACGACUUCCUCUCUGGAAAAGUUGACAUUGUCUGUGCCACAAUUGCAUUCGGCAUGGGCAUCGACAAACCAGAUAUCAGGAACGUAGUUCACUGGGACUUGUCUAACACAGUCGAAGAAUACAGCCAACAGAUUGGGCGUGCAGGACGGGACGGAAAACCGAGCAAAUGUAUGUUCUAUCUUGCUCCUAGCGCCUUCUACCUGCGCGAAGUCUUUGCUCGCGGUGACCUCCCGUCAAGAAGCUCGCUGGUCGGAUUGGUUUUUGAUAUCUUCAAGGAAGCUCUAGGGGUCCCUGUUGGGGGUGUCUUCAAGACCAAUCACUAUCGGCAUCCGCUCAGCAUCAUCUACGCCACCUUGGAGCUCCAUUUCGGCUUCAUUCGAGCUACGACCUCGGAGUAUUCAACCUACAAGUUUGAGGCUAUGCCGUCGUAUUUUGGCAUCAUCAAACCACACAUGAGUCCCGUCAUCGACGCCAUCUACAAGAACGCCAAGAAAAAGCUCAAGUGGUACGAUCUUGAUGUUAACGAAGCUGCGUCGUACAAGAACACAGGCUUGACCCGUGGCGACAUCGUGGCCAAGCUGAACCAGCUUGAUCAACAGGGCCACAUUAGACUGAAAGCGAGCGGCCUAAUGAACCGCUACAUUGUCCAAAAAGCCUUGCCCAGCACACUGGAGGACAAGGAAUAG